AUUUGUCUCGUUGAAACUUGGCUCACAUCGAAUCAUUCGUCCAGUGUUUACUUCCCAAGCAUGUUUAACGUGUAUCGCUGCGACAGAGCGACUGAAACCGAAAAAAUUAGAAGCAGAAGAGCGGGUGGAGUUGCUGUCUUGGUACACUCUACACUGAAGAGCCGACAAGUAAAUUUACCCGAUGAUCCAGAUUGUGAAGCGGUAGCGGUUGAAGUUAUACUGAAGCCAACACCAAUUCUGCUGUACCUAUGUUACAUGAAAAUCUUCGAUAUUGACAUCGCCAUCAAACAUUUUGAAAAUAUCAAGUCACUCAUGAAUCGCUUUCCUGCCCACCAAGUGAUGGUUUUGAGUGAUUUCAACUUGAAAGACAUCCAAUGGACUGCAAAUGAAGCUGAAAAUUGCUACGAGCCUAUCAUUUCAAUAGAAACAAGAUCUAUCUAUUUGAAAAACGCGAAUACAUUUUUGACUAAAAUGCUCGGACUGCCGCUGUAUCAAAUUUCAAACAUUGAAAAUAUAGCUUCGAAUGUGUUGGAUUUACUAUUUGUGAACAGUUCGUGUGAAGUCAAAUUGAGUGUCGACCAACACACACUUGUUGAUGAGAGCCAACAAGAUGUUUAUCAUAAACCGUACGCCAUCGAAUUUGAAUAUUCCAAAGUUGGAUCAAUGAUACGUGCUGAACCCAAAUUAGUGUUCAAAUACUCUCGUGGAAAUUAUCGACGACUUUGUCAACAGAUUGAGUGCAUAAAUUUUCAACACGAAUUUAGUAUUCGCGAUGUUCAUUCAGCGUUUGACUUCUUCCACUGCACCAUGAAAACACUCACAGAGAACAAUAUACCAAAGGUUUUGGUCACCAAUUACCCUAACAAGCCUAAAUGGUGGACUCAUGAGUUGCAGCAUAAGAAAAAUCAACGAGAUAAAUCGUUCAAGCGUAAACCGAAAGGCAUUCAAACAACAGAAUACAUCGAUGCAUGUCGUGAUUUCAAUGAGUUGAACGAUAAACUGCAUAGUGAAUACAUUGCUGGUGUGCAAAAUAAUAUCAAAUCGAAUCCAGCAGAAUUUUGGAAAUUUGCGAAAAUUGGCAACAAACAAGCUACGUAUCCAAAUCAAAUGCACAACAAUAAUGCCACGGCUGAUUCACCUGAUGAUAUUGUUCAACUGUUUGCAGAUAACUUCGAGACAAUUUAUGUAGCUGAUGAACAACUUUGGAAUUUCGACGAAAUAUUUCAAGAGAGUGCUGAUUCUACUGAAAUCAAUGUGUCAUUGACAAGUAUCGAACUAGCCAUUAACUCUUUAAAGUGGCAUAGUGGUGCUGGACCAGAUGAGAUAUCACCGUUUGUCAUCAAGCAAUGUAUCGACGCCAUUGUUUGGCCAAUAUGGCUUUUGUACCAGAAAACAUUUGAUGCUGGUACUAUUCCGUAUCUGCUCAAGCUGUCGAGAGUUGUGCCAGUUUACAAAAAAGGCCCCAAAGAGGAUGUCACAAAUUACCGUGUGAUAGCAAUCAGUUCAGUCAUUCUGAAAAUCUUUGAAUUAUCAAUCAAGCACCAGUUGAGUGCUAUCAUUGACCCACAAUUAUCGAAUUCACAACAUGGAUUCAGAACAAAGCGUUCUGUUACAACGAAUUUACUGAGCCUGUCUAUAUUAGCGCACGAUGUGUUUCGCAAGAAAACGCAACUUGAUGUCUUUUACGGAGAUUUUAAAACUGCGUUCGACCGCGUAUGGCAUCGAAAACUCAUCGAGAAAAUUGCUCACUUCAAAAUUGGUCGUAAAACCGCCAGAUGGCUAUGCGACUUUGUCAUCGGUCGUUUCAAUUUUGUGAUGAUUGGCCAGUCCAAAUCCAGAUCAUACCCGUCACCAUCUGGUGUGCCUGCUGGAAGUGUUCUGGGGCCAGUUUUGUUCACCAUGUUUAUAAACGACAUAAGUGCCAUUGUUGAAAAGUCUACCGUGCUGCUGUUAGCAGACGACAUCAAAAUAGCAUUGGAAAUACGAGGCAAUACCAUGUCAAACAACACGCAUCACCUUCAAAAUGAUAUUGAUAAACUCAUGUUUUGGUGUAAUGCCAAUCGACUAUUUUUCAACAAUCAAAAAUGUGCGAUUUUGACACUUUGUCGUAAAAAGUCAUCCAUCAUCACGACAUACACCAUGGGAGACUACUUAAUCGAGAGAAAGGAAGAGAUUCGCGAUCUCGGCGUUUUGAUUGAUAAGCAGCUUCACUUUGGUCAUCACAUCGAACAAAAAACAAUACAAGCGAGGCGCAUGAUUGGCUGUAUUAAGCAUUUUUCAAAUGGCAACUUUACAUACGAAACACAAAAGAUAUUGUAUCUGGCUCAUGUUAGGCCUAUUUUAGAAUUUGCUUCAGUUAUAUGGAGCCCAUAUCAGGAUAUUUAUAUCAGGGAUAUCGAAUCGAUACAAAAACAAUUUGUUAUUUAUUUGUUAGAAAAUAGACGUAACGCUACCUCAUUCAGACUUACUCCUUAUUUUGAUCGAUGUAAGCAACUGAAAAUACAAUCGUUAGAUUUGCGUAGAGAAAUUGCUGAUGCAACUCUUGCU